AUGGACCUGUUGCUGGAGAAAGAGCCCAUAAUACCCACCAUUACGGUGGAUCACCAUAUACACACCCAGAACACAUACUUCGUUGCCGUUCCCGAGGUGCUCAGAACAGUUUACGACGCGCUGUUGCAACUGGCGCCGUCCAAGGUGGUUUCCUCGAUCAAGGUCAGCUUCCCAGAGCUGGAAGAGCAGGAGGAGGUCGAGGAGUUUGACGACGAGGAACAGCUGUACAAGUCGUCGACGGCGGUGCUGGCACAACAGGACUCCAAGACGAUCGAACUGCGCCAGACCAGGCUCAACAACCAGGACAUAAACUUCCUGCUUGUUCCCGUGUUCAAGAACAAGCUGAUCUACAAUCUUGUGGCGUCCGCGUUGUUUCAGCAUUUCGGCAUUUCGAAGCUUGUGUGUUUUGCAACCAGCGAGCUCAGCGGCCUGCACACGCUCAACAAACUUGUGUCGCCGAAUUUCAAAUUGCCGCGCAAAGAGCUGCUAUUGGAACAGGUGCCUGACAUGCGGCCGCCAAACUUCAUCACAGGCGCUCCCGGAGCCCUGGUGUCGCACGCAAACAUCUACAACGUGGAGGUGGCAGCCAUCGCAGUCUCUGCAGAGGGCGCGUUCCAGCUCGAUAUGGAGAAGUUUGACGUCGCCGCGCUCGUGGAUCUGGCCGCCGUGGUCGACGACUACCUGGGUCUGGGGGGAGACUACGUCCAGAUCGUCAGGGAACUCGCAAAGGUGAAAAAAGCAGGCAGUGGCAGCAACGCGUUGUAUAUAUAA